CUGCUUCCUCUCUCCCAAUGCGAUGUUCCUAGAAAGCCAAGAAGCAAACGGGAAUCUCAAAAGCAAUGUACCAAAAGCCCUGUAUCAAUGAUCCCGCUACCCGCUACCCGCUAUCCUCACCCAAUGCAUCCAGCCAAGGGUAUUCCCAAAAACAUGAUGAAAUCAGCAGAGUCAAGUCUGUCCUGUCGCAUAAAACCAACUCCCGCUGUUAUCAUGCGAAUUUCCGAGCUCUGUGUGCUGGCUUUUUGGUAUAUCUGAACACAGUUCGACGGCUAUCACCCCUCUAUGGUUGUCCACACCCUAUCUCUCUCUACAUCGCCCCGCGUGAGGAGCAAGGGAUUCGAGCGAACGCCGAU